AUGAGCUCAUCCGAACGUGCUAUUCCAACCAUUACUCGGCGAUGUUCGUGCUCUAGCGAAGCAUUCUCACCAAAAAAGUCAAUAACAAGCGGAACUCCGGCGUCAGUGGAAAGAAUCUCUCGAAUUCACGAUCCAACGCAUUUGCCCAAACAACUACUGGUGCAACAUCAUCACGAUGACGGUGCAUUUCUCCGAAACAUUUCUGCUACCGAUUUGGUACAUGAAGUUCAAGAAACCACAGCAAACAAAAAACUCCUCGGUGCACCGACGUCACUUCCUGAAUCAAGAAUUUUAGUCCUUUAUACUGGUGGAACCAUUGGUAUGAGAACGACAGAUGGAGUGUAUUGUCCUGUUGCUGGAUAUCUGCCGGAAGUCAUAAGGGACAUUCCACCAUUGAACGAUCGCAGCUAUAUCGAGGCAAACUACGCCGACGUUGCUGUUCGACCAUAUUCGCUUCCUCCUGUCCGGAAUAUGCAGAAACGAGUUGUAUAUUGGAUAGUCGAAUAUGAGCCUCUUCUUGAUUCAUGUGAUAUGACAUUUGAUGACUGGAUUCGAAUUGCAUCCGAUAUUAAAAAAGCUUACCAUAAUUACGAUGGAUUCGUAGUUCUUCAUGGAACUGACACUCUUGCUUACACUGCCAGUGCAUUAUCGUUUAUGAUGGAAAAUCUCGGAAAGCCAGUUAUCAUCACUGGAAGUCAGAUUCCUGUUGCCGAAGUACGAUCAGACGGUAUGGAAAAUCUGAUCGGAGCCCUGAUCACUGCUGGAAAUUUCGAUAUUCCUGAGGUUUGUGUUUAUUUUAAUAACAAAUUAAUGCGCGGAAAUCGAACUGUGAAACUGGACAAUUCGGCGUUGGAAGCAUUUGACAGUCCCAAUAUGCACCCUCUUGCUAAUAUGGCUAUUAACAUCAAAGUGUGCUACGACGCCAUUUUCCGAAGCGAGAAUAUUGCUGCAUUCGACGUCCACGACAACUUAUGCCGUGACGUUGGAAUGCUUCGAAUUUUCCCUUCGAUGACCAUCGAAUCGGUUCGCGCCUUUCUUCAGCCACCGACGAAAGGCGUUAUUCUACAAACAUUUGGCGCUGGAAACAUGCCAACUCGAAGGUCUGAUAUCAUUGCAGCCUUGAAGGAUGCCAUCGAUCGCGGUGUUUUGAUUGUUAAUUGUUCGCAGUGUCUCAAAGGUCAAGUCGACGUCAACUAUGCGACAGGAAAGAUUCUCUAUGAUAUUGGUGUUAUCCCUGGAUCCGACAUGACAUCCGAAGCAGCAAUGGCCAAAUUAUGCUAUGUUCUCGGAAAAGAUGAAUGGGAUGAUCAGAAGAAAAAGAUGAUGCUUCAAUCGAAUUUGCGCGGUGAAAUGACUGUUGCUCAUUCAGGUGCCAUGCGCGAAUUGGAUAUCAUUCCGCAUAUUGCGAAAUGUCUGCGAGUCUCGUCUUCUCAAGAAGUCCAACUCCUUCGCGAGGUCAUCCUCCCGCCAUUGUUUUGUAAUGCUGCUAAAACAAACGACUCGAAACUUUUGGAACAAUUAAAGGGAUCCGGCGUCAAUUUCUCGGCACCCGAUUACAAUUUGCGAACAGCGCUUCAUGUUGCCGCUUCCAACGGAAACUUGGAAGCUGUAAACUAUUUGUUAAAAAUCGGCACCAAUGUCCAUUUGAAAGAUAUGUUCGGAUACAAUGCGCUUCUAUGUGCUGUCAAGGCUAAGAAUAUUGAUUGUGUACGUGCAAUUCGCAAUGCGGGCGGAUCAAUUGAUGCUUAUUCUCAGAAAAUAGGUGUCGAUCUAUGCCUUGCUGCUGCUCAGAAUGAUCUCGAACUACUGCGAUGCUACGAAGCAGCGGGAUGUGAAAUGUUGGAGCUAGAUUAUGAUAAUCGUAGUGCACUUCAUGUGGCGGUUUCACAAAAUCAUCCGGAGAUCGUUGUCUAUCUUCUUCAACGUGGUCUCGAUCCACAUGCGAUGGAUGAUUUUGGAAUAACCCCAAUUCAGGAAGCUCGUCGAAAGAAACUUCAUAAUAUUGAACAUAUUUUGACGUCAUAUGUUCAUAAUCCAGAUGGUGUUGGAACCUCAUCAACUGACGAAAUUUUCCACUUGGAAUGA